UACAAGCUGACACAAGCUGGAAAGGAAAGAAACACUUUGUAGGAAACUAUCAAAAAGCCGUGUUCACAGAAAUAAGACCCUCAACUGAUGUAAAAUGACACAUAGAUGUGAAGUGAUAACACAUAUAAUCAACGAGGUUUUCUGAAUACAUAUAUGCAAAUACACACUGGCGAGAAAAAUCAUAAAUGUAAAGUGUGUGAUAAAGCAUUUUCUCUACGAAGAAAUUUGAACAUGCAUAUGGCAAUACAACCUGGUGAAAAAUAUCAUAAAUAUAAUAUGUGUGAUAAAGCAUUUUCUCAACGAAGGAAUUUGAAAAAGCACAUGCCCAUACAUACUGGCGAGAAGAAUCAUAAAUGUACAGUGUGUGAUCAAUCAUUUUCUCUUCGAAGUCAUUUGAUCACGCAUAUGACAAUACACACUGGCGAGAAGAAUCAUAAGUGCACAGUGUGUGAGAAAUCAUUUUCUCUACGAAGUCAUUUGAUCCAGCAUAUGGCAAUACACACUGGCGAGAAGAAUCAUAAGUGUAAAGUGUGUGAUAAAGCAUUUUCUCAACGGGGCAAUUUGAACAAGCACAUGACAAUGCACACUGGGGAGAAGAAUCAUAAAUGUAAAGUUUGUGAUAGGGCAUUUUCUCAUCAAAGUAAUUUGAUCAAGCAUAUGACAAUACAUACUGGCGAGAAGGAUCAUAGAUGUGAAGUGUGUGAUAAAGCAUUUUCUCAACGAAAUAGUUUGAACCAGCAUAUGACAAUUGCAAUACACACUGGCGAGAAGAGUCAUAAAUGUCAAAUGUGUCAGAAAUCAUUUUCUCUACGAAGUUAUUUGAUCAAGCAUAUGACAAUACAUACUGGCGAGAAGGAUCAUAAAUGUGAAGUGUGUGAUAAAGCAUUUUCUCAACGAAGUAGUUUGAACCAGCAUAUGACAAUACACACUGGUGAGAAGAAACAUAAAUGUAAAGUUUGUGAUAAAGCAUUUUCUCAACGAGGAACACUGAAGACACAUAUGAACAUACACACUAGCGAGGAAAAAUAAAAUAAAGGACAUCUGUGAUAAUGUAUUUUCUCAUUACAGUUAUCUUAUCUCACAUAUAUGACAAAACGUGCUGGCGAGAAGAAACAAUAUUGUGAAAUGUGUUAUAUAGUGUUUACUACUCGAGGUAGUUUCAUCACACAUGCAUGCAUGGCAAAAAUGCUGGUAAAAAAAAAUAAUUGCUAUGGUCUUUAAACUUCAUACAUACUAGCGAGGUAAAAAUAAAUAAAGGACAUCUGUGAUAAUGUAUUUUCUUAUUUUGUUAUCUUUUCUCACAUAUACGGCAAAACAUGCUGGCGAGAGUAACACAAUUGUGAAAUGUGUGAUAUAGCGUUUUGUACUUGAGGUAGUUUCAUCACACAUACAUGUAAAGCAAAAUGCUGGUAAAAGAGAACAUUAUUGUGGUUUGUGCAAUUCAGCGUUUCUCAUUGAGGUUCUUUGAACAAACAAAAUAAUGAUAUUACAGAUUUAUAGUGAUCAAAACAUGAAUAUGAAUUGAGUGACAAUUUAUUUUUUGAAGAAGUAGCUUAAUUACACAUUAUGUUAAUACACACUAUAGAGAUGAAAUAUGGAUGCUAAUUUGCGAUAUUUAUAUAAAAAAUGACCUUCAAAUGUACAUUAUUCGUAAG